AUUUCCCUUCUUCCAUGCCCUUGAUAAAAAUUUUCCCCAACUUAAACAAGCGAAUCGUACAUUGAGUCGAACCAAAGCAAAGACAGAUUCCUUAAACCGAAUCCCCAUACAUUUGUUGAUCCAUUUUCAUCAAGUCCUCUAUAUUCAUUCUCAACUACUCCGGCACCGGAAAGUGUUUUUUACAAGUGCUCUAAUGGUUAUUUAUGCAAGAAUUUUACAGAUAAAUAUGGUGCUAAAUGUACCAAUUGCAAUAAAGCUAUGUAAGUGAAGAUAAAAUUUGUAGGGCCUCCUACGGACGAGAAAGGUGGGUUUGUGAAGGAAGCAGUCAAGUUUAUGGUUAUGGAUGAUCUGUCAAUGAAGCCAAUAUCUGCUGUUGAUUUGCUGAAAGUGUUGGAUGGGAGGGAUCCUGGAGCCCUUGAGGAGAAACUUGUGGAUAUUGGCAUGGAUGAGGCACUGCAGUUGCUCAAAACAUCUUUCAAGUCAUCCACAGUUCUCACCGACGUCUUCUUGGGUGAUAUUAGAGGCAAGUGGAAAGAUCUUCUAGUUUUUAAGUGGGAGAAGAAGCAGCAAAGAAAAGAUAUAAAGAUCGAAUGCGAGCCGAUUGAAUUGACCGAGUGA